AUGGAAGGCAACGGCUCUGCGGGCGCGCGCAGCUCCCUGACGGAUCAGGACUUUGCCGACGCCGACCUCGUCUCGGACUGGUACAUCUAUGAAAGCGUGGAGCCGGCCGCGCCGCAGGACGACAUGUUUCCCAGUGCCAUCCCGGACUGCGACCCCACCAUUUCCCCCAGGCUCUAUCACACCUGCAUGGCGCCCGUCUCCCUGGCCGUGCUCCUCGGCUUGUCCCUGCUGCUGAAGCGCAAGCGCCUCUACCCGGGCUGCUGGAGCGGCGUGCCGGGACUGCUGAGCCCGGCCAGUUUCCUGGAGGAGGACGGUGAGCGGGGGCUGGUGGCCGCCGUCUUCGGCAUCCUCUUCUCCUCCCUGUGUGUGCUGGUGCUGGACGCUGACCCCCUGCCUCUCGUCGCCGCCUCGUCCCAGCACCACCGGGAGUACUGGAAGAUCCUGGCUCUGCUCUACUACCCGGCCUUCUAUUACCCGCUGGCCGCCUGUGCCACGACCAGGCACCGAGCCGGCUACGUCGUAGGUUGUCUGCUCUCCUGGUGCCACUGCGUGGUCCACAUCUGGCAGAAGGUGGAUUGUCCCCAGUCGCCCAAGAUAUAUAGGUACUACUCCACGCUCUCUUACAUCCCACUCAUCAUCUGCCUCGUGGUCUUAAGCCUUUGGUACCCAGCCCUGCUGCUCCGGAGCUUCACGGGCCAGGAGGAAUCUUCGGAAAAGGAGGUYACGGGCAAAAGCUACUGCAAGAAGUAUCUCCAGGCUCUGCUGUCCAAACAGUCCAGGAAGGGCAGCUCCUGCAAGCUGGACGAGAGCUGCUGGUYGAGGGUGCGCGCGUAUCUGCGCUCCUACAUCUACACUCCGCAGCAAGGUUUCCGCAUCCCGCUGAAGCUCGUCCUGUCGCUGACCACGGCCGUGAUCGCAGUGUACCAGGUCGCCCUGCUGCUCCUGGUGGCCGUGGUGCCCACGCUGCAGAUCGUGCGCGCGGGCAUGACCAAGGACGUGGUGGUGCUGCUGGUCCAGUUCGGCCUCGUGCCCUCGGAGAACCCCGGCGGCAUCCCCGGUGACAUGGAGACRGAGCUCGGCACCGUCAAGCACUACCUGUGGUCGCUGGAAGCGUGUUACAUCUGCUCGCUGGUGCUCUGCUGCCUGCUGACGCUGGCCAUGCUGAUGAGGACGCUGGUGAUGCACAGGAACAACCUGCGGGCUCUGUACCAAGGGGCCGUGCUGGACGUCUUCUACAAAGCCCACAUCCUGCGCCCGUCCCGGCACGCCGUCGUCUGCUGGAUGAGCUUUGCUGGCUUCCAGACUGCCUUUGCCUGCUUGGGUCUCCUCAUCCAGCAAGUGAUUUUCUUCAUCUGCCUGGUGGCUUUCACCUUCUUCUUUGUCAUCCCGCUCCAGUCGGGCACAAACAUGUACCUCUUCAAGGUCCUUCAGAACAUGUGGCCCUUUUGGCUGACCCUCAUCAUCGCUGUGAUUGCGCAAAAUCUGGCAGCUCACUACCAAUUCCUGGAGCAGCAUCCCCUGCGGAAAGAGCUGACCAACAGACGAGCCCUCUACAUUGUCACCUUCUUGCUCUUCCCCAUCAAUGUGCUCGUGGGCGUCCUGGCCGGGCUCUGGAGGAUGAUCAUCUCUGCCCUGUACAACGCCAUCCACUUCUGCCAGCUGGACAUCAGCCUCCUGAACCGCGGCGUGGAAACCUUCGACCCAGGCUACCGCGCUUACUGCCACUAUCUGAAAAUCGAGGUCAGCCAGUCGCACCCGGUGAUGCAGGCGUUCUGCUCGCUGCUGCUGCAGCCAGCGAGGGCCCAGGGCCRCCGGGGGCUCAGCCCCUCCAGUGUGGAAGAGGGCAUCCAGCUGAUGCAGACGGCGAAGACGCCGGCGAGCGGAGCACGCUGGCGGCAGAGCCGGGCGCGCUGGGCGCUGGCCUACACGCUGCUGCACAACCCGGCGCUGGCCGCGUGCCGCAAAGCCGCCCUGCUCGACCCCGCGCCCAACGGCACCCAGCUGAGCCCGCCCUGA